CGUCUCCGGUGCCAACACAUUCCGGAGUUCGCAAAAAGAAAAGGUGUAAUUGUCCACCAAAAAAUUCCCCAGCCCCUCAAUGUCUCGUCACUAACCCUCUGUGAAAAAUCAUCACCUAAAAAAUAGGGGAUGACAAAUACGUGAGCGCGUCCCUCUGGUACAUUCCCAUGUAACUCAUGUGCAAAUACCUCAUGCUAUUGGUGGAGAAAAGCCAUAGUGGAACGUUGGGUGUAAAGGGGAAUGGAACAGGCUGCAUAAUUGUUCCGGAAUUUUUCACCGAGGAAAGGAAUAGACAGAGAGAAAACGGGAAAAAAUUUCGUGUAAAUGUAACUUGGGCUUUCAGCACAAGAGAGUUUAACACUCCCCGUUCGCCACAUGUUGAUUAAUCGUGUAUUAUUCGAUAAAUCGUCCAUUGGAAUAGAAUAAUAGUGGGUGUUGUACGGACAACAUUGACGCGUGUUACACGCGAUUAAAUAAAUAAAAGAAACAAUUGUUGAUCCGAAGGAGUAGAUUUAAGAGUUUAAGCUGAGACCGUUGGAACGGUACGUCGACCACACCACCAAUAAAAGGGCGUACGUUGGAUUAUAUCGGAGGAAAUUACUGGUGUUAUCAACGAGUGCUGAGAAUCACUUUUUUUUUUUGUGAACUGGAAAGACAAUUUUCAAUACACGGGUGUACGGUAACAUUGUCAAAAUUCCGGUCCCCACUAAGAAACGAGAAGGCGCUCAGCGUACUUGCGAUAAGUAUUCGCGAUACACUAGCGAAGAUACUUGGUCUGGUAGCAGAAUGAAUAACAAGAGAAAGAAUCGUGCCAAUCCUACAAGGUCCCCGCGGGCCCGGGGUCCCCAGGAGAGGACUCCAGUGGCAGCUGAGGGUGUCUACAAUAAUGCACAUUUCAUGCACGCUAUAACGAGUCACGUUGGUAAUACCGUACAGAUUCAAACCCAGAAUGGAUCCCUCUACGAGGGAAUAUUCCGUACAUUCUCAUGUCAAUUUGACGUAGUCCUAGAGAUGGCACAUCGUGUGGAUAAUUCAGGAAAGAUAAGUGUUGACACAGUUGUGGAAAAAUUGAUAUUUAAGCAACAAGAUAUUAUAACAAUGUCAGCUAAAGACGUGGACCUCGAUUACGCUAUAAGAGACACUUUCCAAACUGACACAGCAAUUAGUAAAUUCAAUGGAAUGGUAGGUGAGAAGGAAUUGGAGCCGUGGGAUGCACCGAUGUCAAUGAACGGUGACGAGUACGACCUCGAUAGUGGGGCCAAUGGAUGGGAUGCCCACGAGAUGUUCAGAAAGAAUGAGCAGAUAUACGGAGUUCAAUCGACAUUUGAGCCAUCGCUCUCUGGUUAUACGCUGCAGAUUCAGCGUAAGGAGACGAAGGAGUUCAAGGAGCAGGAGCAAAAGGCUGCUGAAAUAGCUAAUGAAAUAGAGGCACAGCCGAAUCACAAGGCACGUCUCGACUUGGAGAACGGCGAUGAGGAGGAGCGUUUUGCAUCGGUAACAAGGCCUGCAAAUGAUGGUAAAUAUGUACCUCCACAGAAACGUAAUAGCGUCAAUAGUGGAAAAUAUCAGAAGACAAAUCCACCACCACCCUCGCCGAGCCCAGGAGCUGGUAAAUUCAAUCAGCCAUCGCCAUCGUCAAAUAUUAAUUCCUCUCAGGCGAGUAGUUUGCCAGUGGUUGCUUCUGGUCAUGCACCAGUAUCACAGCAAGGACAGGGACAGGGACAGCAUCCAGGCUCUCACAAUAUGGGAAUGCCACCGAGUGGUGUUGGCGUUCAGUAUAAUACACCACCACCGUUUGUACCACCUCCAACGACUCAGCCACCACCAUCUAUACCAGUUAUUCCACCACAACAGACACACAUUGGUUUUUCACCACAGCAGCAGCAGCCGCAGCCUUCACAGCCAUCUCAAUCGCAACAGCCACCUCCAAACAAGUUGAAUGUUGAUAAACGAGAGCGUCCAGGACGACAGCAGCUCUAUCAAGUGGAUAAAGCACCACCAGCUCCAUUUCCAUCAUCUAAUGCUGUUCCUGGGUCACAUCAGGGUGGUCCAUCACCUCAUCCACCUCACGCUUCUCAUCCUCCACAUCCUCCUCACACCCCUCACACUCCACUUCAACAGCAGAACUCGUUGGAGAAUCAGAGGGGCGAACUUCUCACUCCAAAACCUGAUCACAGAAAAAUCUCAACGCCAAGGGGACGCGACGAGCCCCACGACCUACGCCAAUUUUCAUCGGACUUUAAAUUGGCAGAAUCCAACUCACAGGACACUCCACUUAUGUCAAGAAAACAACAGGUUCAUCAUCAGGAGCCACAUACCCCUCAGACAAUUCCACAGGUUCAUCAUCAGCCUGUGCACCAGCAGACACCUGUUACACCACCUCAAUCUGCUCAUCAAACUGUUCACCAGACGCCUCAGCUCCAGGAGGAGCCUGUUGUCACGAGUAAACCACCUCCUGGCCCAGUCACAGUGAGAUCCACUACUCCACCUCAGCCUGUACAGACAACUCCACCGAUGCAGAAUAUUCCUGAGCCUGCUGUUGACAAAAUCACCACUGCCUUUAAAAAGUCAACACUCAAUCCAAAUGCGAAGGAGUUUAAUCCAAAUGCCAAACCCUUCACUCCUCGAUCACCAAGCACACCAACACCCAGCAGACCCCACACACCACAAACGCCCCAGUACUCUGGUACUACGAUGCCAGCUGUUGUUAUGACCCCAGCCUACGUGAUGACGAGUCAACCAACGGCAUUCACCCAGCAGCAGACCCAACCUGGCACGAGGUUCCGGAAGAGUCAGUAUCUAGUACCGAUGAUGCCACCCCGUGCUCCAGACAUAGCAUCACAGAUGCAGGUGGCAGCAGCAACUGGUCAGCCACUGCUGGCACCAGGGCCCCUGCACCCAUCCUUCCAGGUGCCUUAUCCAGGUCAACCAACGUAUCAGCAGAUGGUGCGAAUGGUUCAGGCUCCACCACCCCACAUGGCAACUCCACAUCCCCAUUAUCACGAGUCACCUGGACCCCAGAAUCCUGGUAUCCAGUACAUUGGUCCCCAUGGACAUCCCCAUCCUCAUGUUGGACAGCAACAGCCAAGUCAGACUCAGUCACCAGCAAAUCCAAAUCCACCCCAUACGCCUGGUGCAUACAAUCCCCCAGGCACUCCCCAAACAUCGUAUCAACAACCUCCUCCGCAGGGUCACGGGCCAAGUUAUCCACUGAUGUGUCCAAUUAUUCCACCACAUCAUCUAGGAAUUCCACCGCAGCACAUGCCGUAUCUGCAACCACAGCCACCACCUGGUGCUCAACAGACUAUACCAGUCAUUCUACCCCAUAAUCAGUAGCCGAGACGGAGAUCGAGAAGAUAGAGUCGUUGGUAUUUUUCUUCACUUGAUAAAACAAAGGAAACAAAUUAUUAAUGACUAACACUCAUCAAUUAAUAAUGAUUGUUCAUCGAUAACGAAAUGAGGGUCAAGGAUGGAGUCCAUUCAAAUCAAUCAAUCAAUGUUUUAGGUUCAUUUACUAUAAUUUUCAUUGCAAUCCCAUAGGUGAAUACAGAAUCAUGCUCAUGACUCUUGAUGAAUAAUUCUAUUUCAUUGUGUAGCAGAAUAGCUUUAUUUGUUUUUCCAUGAUUGCCAUGAUUAUGCUCAAUUGUUGUACCUUUAUAUUUGUUUCCAAUGGGUACUGAGCCUUGUGGCGGUAAUUCCAUUCUUAUCCACUCAUAUUUCGUUGAACAGACUCAGUGAUGAACAAUCAAGACGCGAAAUUGUUGGAUCAUCGCUAAACGUACGGUGAUUUCUUACAAUUACGAAUCUAUUCUCUCGAUAGGAUAAUUUAAAGAAAAAUAUCGUGAAAACCCAAUGGAAUUUAUGAGCGAUCGUCAAUGAUCCCUUAACAAGCCAUCUGUGCAGUUUGGGUUUUUUAAAAAUAAAGUUGGCAAGACCAGAUAGACACAACAAUUAUUUACCAUAGUAAAUCCAUAAGUGUAAAUCACUGGAUAAAUUUUAUCAUGAGUCGACUUUUUUUUUUGAAUCAGAAUUUGGAGAUGCGUGUCACUUGAAAUCUACAUGGCUCUAAUCAUUUGAAAUUUAUUAAAUUCCUCUUGAUUUCAAUGAGAAUAAAAUCUAUAAUAAAAAUAUCAGGAUGGAAGGCGAAAAUAUAUGAAAUUGAUGACUACAAUCUGUUCACGGUAGGCAUUAAUAAUGUUAAUUGAAUUAUGAUGCUGUAAGCUCAAGUAGAUUCACCCGGAUUAUCAUGUAGACCCGCUGCGCUCUGUAGUUUGAAAAGAUUUUACAAGAUUGAAUCAUAAAACAAAGCACCCGAUGGCAAACAAGAAAUAAAGCGCUACGAAUUUUGUAAUAAUCGAACGGUCCAAGUGUUCGAAUUUUAUAUCUCAAAUCGGCGUCAAUGUAGUGUAAUAAGUAAUAUAAAAACACGGAAGCUAAUAUCGGAAUCGAUGGAAUGUUCUACGAUGGGGUCGAGGAGAGGUGCUUAGUAUAUUUUUUUUCUUGCACCGGAGAUUGUCGAAUUGAGACAGACGCCUGAAAUAUUAAAUUAUCGAAUGAAAAUUCGAUGAGAUUCGCAGAUAUAUGGUACUGCACUGACACGCGAAGUAGGCGCUCCGUUUAUUUCAUGAUAUAUUGAGAUUUUUUCUUUCAUGUCAUUGAAAAUAGUGACACGGAAACACUCAGGUAGUGACUAUCGAUUUAAUGACAUUUAUUUGCGAUAGAUUUUCCGCGAAUGGAGGGAGGAUGACUGAAUUUUCAUCGAACCAGGGGAAAUAUCAAUUAUUCGCCUCUGAAUGCUUUGAUAAUGAAGUUGUCAAGAUCGUGGGCAGAGUAAUAUAAAGUGAACUGGAAUUUUAAAAAAAUGGGAGAGCUUUUGGGGUGACGUGUUCAUACGUUUUGGAUGUGAUUUAAUGAAGUAUUGUCAACUAAAAGUCUGAUGCAAAUCGUAAUGAUUUAAAUUGGGGCAACUUAUGUGGAACAUUCAGACAUGAGGAGAAAAAAAUUAGCAAGUCAAGUGAACAUGGGGUAAAAAUCGAAGAACGGAGAAAUAAACUGCCUGUGAAUGACGGCUGAAAAAGUGUGAGAAAUUAAUGUGCAAGGGGAAAAUUGUCACGUACUGAGAGGAAUAAAUUUGCGAGGAUGACGGAUGCAGGGGAGAGAGUGAGCGAGAAAAAUUUAGCGAGAAUGAGAGGUGAGAGCGUUGAAAAAAAAAUGGUAAAUGGAGUAUUUUCCUCCCAGAAUCAAGAUGUGACAUCGUUAAACACAAAUUUUAUAUCCAAAAGAUUAACGAAAGAAGAAUGCAACAUCAAAAAUAAAGUGAAUGAGAAGAA